AGUUAGAAAAUUUGAUAACUUGCCAUAGCCAAGACAUUUGAUCCAAAUUAUGUGGUUGGCUGUAAAAAUCCCGAAGAAUGAGGUCAGCGUAUCACAUAUCUCCUAGCCACUCGCGCCGCACGGCUUAUCGUCGAGCACGUGACAGUUUCUUUUUUUUUCUAUAUGCAUAUAAAUUUUUUUCAGGGCAUUGGCUUUGAACCAUUCCAACCAUCACCACUCACGCAAAAUGUCCCGUCCAGAAGAAAUCGCCCCGGCAGAAAUUUUUUACAACGACUCUGAGUCUCAAAAGUACACCACGUCCACGCGUGUGCAGCACAUCCAGGCCAAGAUGACCUUCAGAGCCUUGGAGUUGCUCAACUUAGAGGACUUCCCCCACUACAUUCUCGAUGUGGGGUGCGGUUCUGGGCUAUCCGGGGAGAUUUUGACCGAAGAGGGCCAUUUCUGGACUGGGUUGGAUAUUGCACCAUCUAUGUUGGCCACAGGGCUUGACAGAGAGGUUGAAGGCGACUUGUUCCUCUCGGACAUUGGUAACGGGAUUCCGUUCAGAGCCGGUACUUUUGACGCUGCCAUUUCCAUUUCCGCCAUUCAGUGGUUGUGUAACGCGGAUCAGUCCGGUAUCGAUCCUAAGAAGCGUUUGUUGCGUUUCUUCAAUUCCUUGUUUGCUUCAUUGAAGAGAGGCGGGAAAUUCUGUGCACAGUUUUAUCCCCUGAACGACCUGCAAACGGAAAACAUUUUGGGGGCUGCCAAAAUCGCUGGGUUCUCUGGUGGUUGUGUUCUCGAUGACCCAGAGUCCAAGAAGAACAAGAAGUAUUACUUGGUGUUGACUGCGGGCCGCUCCGAGAGGAACAUCAACUUGGAGAAUGUCACCAUGGACGCGCCGGAAACCACGAGAAAGUUGUCCAAGAAGCAAAUCAAAGAGAACGAAACCAGAAAGGACUAUAUUAAGAGAAAGAAGGAGUUGAUGAAGAAGAGAGGUAAAGUUGUGGCCAAUGACUCCCGGUACAUGGCCAGACCCAGAAAAAUCCGCUUCUAAGGAAGGGGAUAGAGCCGUUUCGCGGACUAUGGAUCCACCAAGUGUACAGUAUAAUAUUUUUGCAUUAAUUUUCGUAAGCCGGUAGAGCUAAAAACUAGAAAGGGAAUCGGUAUCCUUUUGAUCGGUGCAAGCGGGUAUUUUUUACUAAAUCAUUCCAAGCCUACUCAAUAGUUAAUACGAUAAAAACCCGGUGCUUUAAAGAGGAUGCUGAUAAAAGGUGUAGAAACGACUAACGCAGAGCGCUUGAACUUUGUUGUAUGCCACUAUCCUCAUUUCCACUAUCCACAUUUCCACCAUUUAAUAUGAAAAUCUGUUAUGAUAGUCUCAAAAAGCCGUAAUAAUCAGUUAUACUCUAACAUAAUAAUCCAACUAUUUACUCAUGUUGGCCUUCCAACAUCACCGCCCACGCGGUUCUAAAACUACACACAAG